GUCGAUCUUGCUGUCCGCCCUGCGCUACCCUCAGUCUGACCCUUGUACUCCCUAAGUUAUCAACUAUGUUGUAACCUUACCUAGGCCUGAGGCUUUACGACUCGGAACAUUGUCCGCCCGCAUACUUCUUCCUCUCUCUUCCACUUCGCCAUGCAUUCGAAUAAGAGGAAACGGAGUUCUACGAGACUUUCGCCCACAAGCCAGGCCACGAAAGAACUAGACUGGUGGAUAGAGGUCCCCCCGUCUCCGUAUCCCACAGGGUCAUCAAUACGCGAGCUCAAGUCCAAUCCUCCAUAUCACCCAAAUGCUCAGAGUCGCCUCGAGUCUCCCUGCAAGAAAUCGCGGACGAGCGCUAACGAUAGGCUCCCCUCGGUCGUCUCAUUCCCGCGGCAACUCUCCCCGACGUUUUCCGACGCGUAUCCUCUAUCUUCGUCCUCGAAAUUUCGGUCACGAGUUCACUCACCGUCUCCGACGUUCUCAACUACCGAGCCAGACCCGCCGUUCACAUCUGCCAGUGGGAUAUCGACCCGGCCAACAUCGCCUACCUACUCUGCUUAUGACUCGGACGAAGAUGCGACUGGCAGUAAUCUUCCGACCGUCAACAAGACCGAAGCUGAGCUGUCUGAGUGUCUUGGCGAAUCAAGCGGCCAUCGUCGGGAAAUACCUAUCCGCCGACUAGAUCUGAUGAGGAUGUACGACGAGGAGGGCCAGUCGGUUUCUCCUGAGGAAGUUGUGUUCUCUGGCAGAGCCUGCUUCUACCUGGCAUCUGGAAUCGUGAGCGCGGUCGUGGAUGACGGGAAUAUCGACGAUGGGGAGGAAGAUGCUGAAGAUGAGGUCCGCGUUUUCGUCAAGGACCUUCGUAUCGUCUCCCUGAAUGUGCAUCACUUUGACUCGGAGAGCGAGACAUUCGAUAGGCAUAAAUUUAGGCACAUAUACAUCGAAACCAAUGAAGCUUGGUACCGACUGGACGAACCCUCCGCGGACUACGAGGACUUAUGGCUUUCCUUCCUUCGCAAACAACGCGCUUGCAACGAUGUUCUUCUGGAUUGCUUGCAGAACGAUUCUGAAACAGACUUGGACGUGAGCCAAUGGCAGGGGAAGGAUCACCGUGAAGCUUAUCGACUCUAUGUGACGCAAGUCUUGUAUUAUCUCUCUGAGCGUCAAGCCCGGCCUGCAUGCCGGUUCUUCAGGACUCCUCUGAUCGCCGGACUCGUCGAGGGACUUGUCGACAUUGGCGCCUUGAAAAACCCUGCUCAAGGGACCAAACGUGUGAUCAAGGACAUUACAAAGGGGGGAAUCAAGACUCCUCUCACUGCCAUGGUCUGGAAACAAGUCCACUCCCUCGUGCCUUGCACAACGGUUUCCGUAGGUGACGAGGAUGACACCUUGUCGGAACCCGAGCCCGAGGAAAUGGAUGAGCACCCGGACAAUCCUGACCUCAUCCGACUCGAUGGGGACUGCGACGAGUGGGUCCGUUUCUCGGAAGCUGAGAUAGACGGCACCAUCUACAAGAUUGGAGACAUCGUUGCUGUCAAAUGCGGAGAUGACGACGACAGACAUAGACAUAUCAGCGAGCGAGCAUCUAGAAGCUAUUGCGUCAACGCGUUCGCUCAGGAUCAUUGGUUUUGCGUGAUUCGUUAUUUUUACGAGGACGAUAAUGAGACAAUGCUCCACGGCCAGUGGUUCCAACACAGCAGUCGGAUUUUCUUUCAAGAUUUUGCCCACAGUCAAGAACUGGUGUAUCUAAACGAAUGUGCGGACUUGUCUGUCCAAGCGAUUUUCCAAAAGGCGCAAGUCAGGAUCUUGGACGCGGAUGACUUGGAGUGGCCAGACAGAAGUGACCCUACGUCUCGUGUAUACUUUUGCCGUUCUAUAUAUGACGACACUGCCCAUUCAUUAGAGUCACUUGAGGAACGGGAUAGAGAAGAGCUCCGUGGCGAGCACGACGCGUUGGAAUGCAAAAACUGCCAUCGGAAGGAGUACCUCGACAAGUUUGAUUCAACCCAGCUGCUCACAAGAACCGAGGAUUCGACGGUAGUCACCGGCUUUGAACAUUAUCUGGUCCAAUACCAUCUGAACGAGUUUGUCUUCAUCAAGCCAGAAAAACGCUCGGACGACCCGAAGAAAACGGACAAAACUCAGCUACUUUUGAUUGCGCAGAUUCUCGAGAUAAAGCCGAACCGGGAGAAAGUUCUCAUCCAGCGAUAUCGUCGUGCUGUCUCGCGUGUCUUCAAUGAGAGAGGCUUGUUCAAAUCGAAGGACAAGCCGAUGUGGAUUCAUUUCGAACAAGUCGAGUCCAAGUGUUUCGUCAAGUUCUUUGAACCCGAUCAGUUAUCUGGAGUCGAGCAGUGGAUUGAAGAGGACUACACGCACUUUUAUGUCGCUGCAUGUGAAGAGAGCCCUGAAAAACCUCUAUGCGAAGAAUGCCUGGACAACGAAGAGCAAAAUAAUCAGAAGACUCGGACCUUCUUCGACAAACAUAAAUUGCGGGGGAUGGAGGUCUUCGCGGGCGCAGGUGGCCUGUCUCUUGGACUAGAGGAAGGCAAGGGUAUCGAGAUCAAAUGGGCGGUCGAACUCGAUGCAUCUGCGGCAAAGACUUUCGCCGCCAAUCAUACGGCUUCAGCAGUCCUCUGUGUGGAUAUUAAAAAGUUGCUUAGAUAUGUCGUCGACCGCCGUGACCACAAAUCACCGGACCCUUUGAGGACCGAGGCUGGUCAGGUGAUUGACGACAAGCUGAUCCCUCAUCCGGGACAGGUUGACUUUCUUUGCGGUGGGCCGCCUUGCCAGAGCUUCUCUGGAGCGAAUCGAUUCAAGCGAGAUAAUGAUGAGAGGUCUAUGCUCCCUUUCGUGAUGCUCAGUCUCGCAGAGGUGUAUCGACCCAAGUAUUUCCUCCUGGAGAAUGUGACGGGGCUGUUGUAUCACAAGCUGUCCUCACCCACAACAAAGCAAGUCAUUCCGAUGGGCACCUUCAAGCUCAUUAUGCGGGUCCUCCACGCUCUGCGAUUCCAAGUUCAGGCGAAGGUCGUGCAGGCGGGGCAGUACGGUGUGCCGCAAUACCGGGAGCGCGUGAUCUUUCUUGCCGCGCGGAACGAUGCGAAGCUACCGAGUUUCCCGACUCCGAUCACCACGUUUGUCAAAGGACGCAAGUACAAACUGUCGCACCAGGAUCAGGCUUUUCUGCGCGCGCCGACGCGUGAUCCAGGUCCAGAUGUGGAGGAAGACAGCUAUGCGCCCCACUGCAGAGUGACGGUCCGCGAUGUCAUAUCUGAUUUGCCACUCUGGGAAUGGGCUGGAUUUCAGCGUCAAGAGCAAGAUGCUGACAUCGUUACCUUUGACGCUUCGGUGAAGCCUUUGAUGGCCCCUCCAAUCGGAUAUCAUCAACCUGUGGGCUACGCAGGCCCUCCUCAAACCCCGUAUCAGAAGGCACUGCGUGGUUCCGGAAGCAAGCGAGUGCGCGACCAUGUCACGAACUAUUAUUCAGCGCGUCUUUUGACCCUCUGUGCACAUAUCCCGCUUUCAUCGAAAAGCAAUCCUCUUCCGUGUUACGAAGGUCAAGCCCCUCAUUCGCCACUUGUCUGUGUUACUGAUUCCCAAGCAGAUCUGCCGAAGAGUCUGAACUACAAGCUCAAAGGAGGCAUGUCCUAUGGCCGUCUCAACGAAGCGUCGUACUUCUCAACUGCCAUGACAAUUGUGAACCCAUCCUCGAAAGGUGCUCGUCUUCUUCAUCCCAAUCUAAAUCGAGUUGUCACCGUGCUCGAGGCCAAACGAAGCCAAGGAUUUCCGGACGAUUUCGUCCUGGAGUCGGUGGAAACGGUUCCGCGUCUCAGGGUCAAAGACUUCUAUCGUCAGAUUGGCAACGCUGUUCCGGUCAAGUUGGGUGCUGCUUUUGGGAGGAGUAUCGGGGCCGCGUUUUACAUAGAUCACAGUGAUGGCGAGGCGGCCGAGAGUCGCGCUACUAAUGAGCGCGUUCCCAGUCCGGAAUAUUAAUCAAGGCAUUGUGCAGUGCUUUGAAAUAUUUACGAUCAAGUAAAACUGACUGCUGGUCGAGCAACUUAGACGUGAGAGUGCCAAGGCUUCAACUGUCCAAGCCUCGAUGUAGGUGACAAGUGAUGACGGGAGAAUCGACAUGGAACCACGCGAGAGGCUUGUGGCUGUGCCGCCCAUUUCUUCCUCGAUGUUACUACCAUGGCCACUCUUUCUCGGACUACUCCUACACCACGCAUCCUACCAUCCUGUCUCUGCCGCACGCCCAUCAAAGCGAUUCUACGAUACACAUAACUACUAUGUCCUCGAACACGACCCGUCGUCCGGCGAGCCGCUAAGCGACGUCGCAACCGCGCUGGGAGUCGAGAUCGUCGAGCAGGCGGGGGAACUGGCUAACCACUGGCUCGCACGGACGAAGAAGUCCGCGCUCGAGGUGCGCGGGGAGCAGGAGGCGUCCGACCGCGUUGUCGAGCGCUACAACGCGCUACGGCGGGGCGCUCCAGACGCAGACGCGCAUGGACGGCGCUCCUCGGCGCUCGCUGCGGCCGUGCCCUAUCUCGCGCGCCAGACGCUGCGCCAGCGAGAAAAGCGGGCGCCGCCUCCGCCGAUUCCCACCCCCAGUCCCGAGGCAUGGACCGCGCAGGCUGUCGCCGACCGACUGAAGAUCGAGGACCCGAUGUUCACGCAGCAGUGGCACUUGGUGAACGACAACGCCGACCAGCGGGGCCACGAUAUGAAUGUCACGGGCGCAUGGGAGAUUCUGAAGCUGACCGGGAAGGGCGUCAUAUCGUCGUUCGUAGAUGAUGGGUUGGACUACACUUCCGAGGAUCUGAAGGCUAAUUUCGAUGCGGACGACUCGUACGACUUCAACGACCACGUCGAACUGCCCUACCCCAAACUCUCUGACGACCAUCACGGCACACGGUGUGCCGGCCAGGUCGCUGCCGGAAAGAACAAAGCAUGCGGUGUUGGUAUUGCGUACGCAUCCCGCGUUGCUGGCGUCCGAAUUCUCUCGGGGCCCAUAUCGGACGUGGACGAAGCCGCCUCGCUCAACUACGGUUACAACAAUGUGUCGAUCUACUCGUGCUCCUGGGGUCCCCCUGACACGGGAAAGGCGAUGGAAGCACCCGGAUACCUCAUCAAGAAGGCCAUCGUCAACGGGAUUACCAACGGCCGAAAUGGAAAAGGGUCCAUCUACGUCUUCGCGAGCGGAAACGGCGCCGCGCAUGGCGACCAGUGCAACUUCGACGGGUACACAAACAGCAUCUAUUCUGUGACGGUUUCCUCGGUCGACUGGAAGGGUCUGCAUCCAUAUUACUCCGAGCCGUGUGCAGCGAACAUGGUGGUCGCUUACAGCUCGGGUAGCGGAAAGUCUAUUGUCACCACGGACAAGGGCGAGAAUGCAUGUGCCACCACUCAUGGCGGUACAUCGGCAGCUGCACCGAAUGCAGUCGGUGUCUUCGCACUGGCAUUGGAAGCCCGACCCGACUUGACCUGGCGAGACAUUCAACACCUCUGUGUGCUGAAUGCGCGGAGGAUCAAUGUCGACGACCCGGAUUGGGAAGCCACUGCUCUUCCUGGUCGGAUGUACUCCUACAAGUACGGAUUCGGAGCGUUGGAUGGAUAUGAAUACAUCAAAGCAGCCAUGAGCUGGAAACUGGUCAAGCCCCAGGUCUGGUUCCGGACGAAGGCGAUCCAGUUCGAAAACGGGACGAUGGCGGCUUACGAGCAGUACUCGGGCGGCCAACACAUCGGGCGGGACGGGAUUACGAGUGUGAUGACGAUCACCAAGGAGAUGCUCGCGGAGAACAACUUUGAGACGUUGGAGCAUGUGAAUGUGAAGGUGUGGAUCCAGCACGGCCGACGCGGUGAUGUCGAGGUCGAGCUCGUCAGCCCCACUGGUAUCCGCAGUGUUUUGGCGGGAAAACGGAACGGGGACGGUGCGACGACUGGCUAUCCUGGGUGGACUUUCAUGUCUGUAAAGCACUGGGGCGAAAACCCCAUUGGAGAUUGGACGAUCAAAGUGACAAGCUCUGCUUCGUCUCAAACCAACGGAAGCUUCUUGGGCUGGAACAUGAUGUUCUGGGGCUCUGCUGUCGAUGGAUCGAAGGCCUUCCCGUUUCAAGUUCCCCAUGACGAUGACGAUGUGAUCUUCCCUCCGCUAGUCGAUGCGGUACCGCCUCCCCGGCCAAACCUGACGACAUCUUUGGCUGCCAGCUCGACAAAGCAACACUCGAAACCGACUGCGCAUCUUCCAGGGGAUCACGGGGAUGCUGCCGGAGAAAAUACGAAUGCGACGUUCCCUGGACAAGGCAAGCCCGUCGACGACAGUGUGUUGUUUAGCACGUCUUUGUCAGUUUCCCCGACUGCCUCGAGCUCGCCGAGCCCCUCGAGUACCCGGUCGAGUCACCCAACUGCCGAUGAGGGCUGGUUCUCGGACAUGUCGAACCUGGUUAAAAGCCAAGCAUGGUUCUUUGUCGCCAUCGGUGCCGUUGCUGUGUUCAUCGCUGGUGCGGGGAUCUUCUUCUGGCGUCGCCGGGCGAGACAGUUGCGCAAUUACUCGACACUGCCGGAGGGUGAUGACGUUCCGAUGAGCGGCGUUAGGUCCGGUCGUACGAGCGGUGGAGGGCGAACGAAAGAGCUGUAUGAUGCAUUUGGAGAGGUCUCGGAUGACGAGGAUGAAGCUGAUGAGCAGACGCGGUUGACUUCCACAGUGCGCGACGGCGCGUAUCGGGAUCAGCCGACUGAUCAGCCCCAGGCGGGAUCUUCAUCGCAUUAUCGAGACGAGCCGGCAUCUGGGGCUGCGAGUCCCGCGAACAGGAGUGAUGGCAGCUGGGACCGGGCUUCCUCGUAGACAAUCUCUGCUGUAUCUAUUUAUACCAGAGGAUAUAUGCGUGGUCUAUGUAUCUGUAUCAGCUCUCAAUGGCAGGUCGGCUGAACGCCAAUGAUGCUAACAGUCCAUAAUGGUCGCUGACCCACACCGGAUUUUUGUCGCGCUCUACUCGCAGCCCCACUCCGACACGCUGAACAAUCGUAGCGCUUACGUUUCCGGCGAAAAGGACUUUGUCCAUUCUGCGCGGUGGAAACCGAUUUUUAGGCUGGUAGCCCCAGGUAUGACCGUCCGCCUCGCCCGUGUCGUCUCCUUCAGCGUUUGACUCAUGACCCUCUUUCUUCACCCACGCGUCCGCGAGACCGACUUCCUCGGGCAGAUCCUGGUCAGUCGGCGCGAUGCAGUUCAUGUCGCCCGCAACCACACCACCGUCGAUCCCUGGCGCCGUCAACAACUUCGCGAUCUUUGCCAGCUGUUUGGGGCGUGCCGCGUCGCCAAAGCCGCGGAGCGACUCCAGAUGCGUGUUGGCGAUCCGCAGUCGGAAGAGGGCAGAUCGCUCUUCGGCAUGCGGCAGGUGCAGGUCCAAGUCGACGUAUAGACAGUCGCGACUCAUCCGCGUCUCCGAAUUGCGCGCGAAGGGCACACGCGUCACGGCGGAGACGUACGCGGCGAGGGGUUCGGGACGAGCGUCAGCGUGCUGUAGCUUUGGGAAGACGCGUCGUUCGUGAUGUGGUAGCGGGUGCGGAUGAAGUCGUGUGCCAGAAGGGGCGCGAAGCAGUCCUGGUCGACCUCCUGCAGCAGGAUGACUGUGGGCUGCGCUGAGGAUUGGGAAAGAAGGCUCUCGAGGUGAUCCAGCGCGGCUUUGAAGCGGGUGAUCAAUAGGGAGCCAGCAAAGUCGAUGUUCCAGGACAAGAGAGACAGCCGCGGAGGUGACUCUGCCACGGUUUGGCCUGGGACAUGGGCCAUCGAGGGAAUCCAUUUGCGUGUAGUGGCAUCGAAAUGGAGCAGCCUUCCCUCUGCGCUUGUAUUUGCCUCCAAUUCCAUGGACUUCAAGGGAUCCCGGGGCGACUGGGACCAGAUGGAUCUCGAUGUUGUGGGCGUGCGGCGCACGAACUUGAAAUUGCAAUAGCGUGCGGUGUCCGAGAGCCAGCCAGUGCUCAAAGAUCGCUUACAAAAGUUCUGAAGGAGCCGUGCAUGCAGCACUCCGAAGCUCGCCAGUGCUGAGCUGAUAGAUCGUUUCCAAGUCGGAAGCACCGAGUCUGCACAACUUGAAUGACAUCACUGGCCACGAGACCAAGGCUAUGCCGUAUGACAUCGAUUGUUCAUCUAAUCUAAUCUCUAGCUGCAUAUCUAACUCAAAUGCCCCUGCCUGUACAAGAUCCUCUGCUGCCCUCGAGAAAUAAAAGUUUCACUGCACACGGCCGGUGAUAAAAUAUGGAGGGAGUCUCGGUCUGCAGGGGUCGAAGGCUUCGAGGGGAGGUUUUAGGAACCCUCAAAGUUCACUGCUUGAUGUCAGAAGAGAUGAUGACGACGCCCGAUUGACGAACGCACAACAAGGGAAAAAAUUGUUGCGUUUAUUUGACUUUGCAUCGUUUGAGAUCGUCUCUUGCAAACCGGCGCUAGAGAGAGGUGUGUCAAGGGAGGUC